AUGAUCCACAGCCUGUUUCUUAUAAACUGUUCUGGUGAUAUAUUCUUGGAGAAGCACUGGAAGAGCAUUGUGAGCCAGUCUGUGUGUGAUUAUUUCUUUGAAGCCCAGGAGAAAGCAAUCGAUGUUGAGAAUGUGCCUCCUGUCAUCUCAACACCACAUCACUACCUCAUCAGCAUCUAUCGGGAUAAAAUUUUCUUUGUAUCUGUCAUACAGACAGAAGUGCCACCACUCUUUGUAAUUGAAUUUCUGCACCGAGUAGCUGAUACUUUCCAGGAUUACUUCGGCGAAUGUUCAGAGACUGCAAUUAAGGACAAUGUAGUUAUUGUGUAUGAACUUCUAGAAGAAAUGUUAGACAAUGGUUUUCCACUGGCAACAGAAUCUAACAUACUGAAGGAACUGAUUAAGCCUCCUACAAUUUUGCGCUCCGUUGUCAACUCCAUCACAGGCAGUAGUAAUGUAGGUGACACACUUCCCACUGGACAGUUGUCCAACAUCCCUUGGCGCAGAGCAGGAGUAAAAUACACAAACAAUGAAGCCUAUUUUGAUGUCAUCGAAGAAAUUGAUGCGAUUAUAGACAAAUCAGGUUCCACAGUCUUUGCAGAAAUCCAAGGUGUUAUUGAUUCAUGUAUUAAGCUCUCAGGAAUGCCAGAUCUUUCUCUUUCUUUCAUGAACCCACGGCUUCUGGAUGACGUCAGCUUCCAUCCAUGUAUUCGGUUCAAACGCUGGGAGUCUGAGAGGGUCCUUUCAUUUAUUCCUCCUGAUGGCAAUUUCAGAUUGAUCUCCUACCGUGUCAGUUCACAGAACUUGGUGGCAAUUCCUGUGUAUGUGAAACACAUGAUCAGUUUUAAGGAAAGUAGUUCUUCAGGAAGAUUUGAUAUUACCAUUGGACCAAAACAGAAUAUGGGGAAAACAGUGGAAGGAGUUGUCAUGACAGUUCACAUGCCAAAGGCUGUACUUAAUAUGAACCUCAGUGCUACACAAGGCAGCUAUACAUUUGACCCAGUUACUAAAGUAUUAACAUGGGACGUUGGCAAAAUUACCCCUCAAAAGCUACCAAACCUAAAGGGUGUAGUGAACCUGCAGUCUGGAGCCCCCAAGCCAGAGGAGAAUCCAAGUUUAAACAUCCAGUUUAAGAUACAACAGCUUGCAAUUUCAGGACUGAAAGUGAAUCGCCUAGACAUGUAUGGAGAAAAAUACAAGCCUUUUAAAGGUGUCAAAUAUAUAACAAAAGCAGGAAAAUUUCAAGUCAGGACAUGAGAAGAUUCUCUACACCAAGAGGAGAUUCCCCUUUAA